UUUCCCACUCGGGUGUAACGGUCAGGUGCGCCUCAGUCUGCGGUGCAAACUUUGUGAAACGAUGGAUUUUAUCCGAUCAGCAGCCGGACGUUUCCAAACAAACAAAACUAUGUUGUAGCAUCGCUGCAGCGUUGGACGGAAGGCCGAGGAAAUAAAAAAUAUCCACUGACGGUUUCCUGAACCUGAUUUUGCCUUGCAUUGAAUCAUGUCUGCAUAAACCGUCUUCUGGAAGGAAGCAAUCCAAUUCUAUGAACAAAGACUCAAGUCUCUCAUAACUUCGUUGGAUCACGCCGGCUGGCAGCCUCUUGAUUCCUGCGUACCUCGGACCUCCAUCUGCGAACCCUGUCCACCCUCCUCCCUCCAUCGCACCUCGUGGAUUACAAACUCUCCUGGCUUACCAUAUCCACCAUCUUCAAUCUGACCGGCAAACAACCACUUGGUUUCUCCACUCCCCCUCUGGCGGAUCCCUCCACCAUUCUUUUUUGCAUCCUGGUUCCAGUUCCCUGCAUUAUUCACCCAGAUUUCUAAUCCUUCUUGCAAUUUCCUAACAAUUCACAUCUUUUUUUUUUAUUUUCACUACGCUCAUUUCCUUCUGCUUCUUUCUUCUCCUGUCCCCCACUCCUGCUUUUGCCUGUCCUUUUUCCACCUUAUCUCUUUGUCUCCUCUGUCAUGUCCUUAUCCAUGAGGAACCCACCUCAACGUCGGCGCUCUCUGGGACCCGUUUCACCCAAACGAAUCUACAGGAACCUCUCUGUCAGACUGAAGGGAGGAGAGUGUUCCGUCGCUGCGGAGGUGGCUGCACCCAAAUACACCAGCAAACCUGCAGACGCUUACAAGACCCUGUGGGAGGCCGUGGAAAAUGAGGACACUUUGGCUGUGCAGAGCCUUUUGUCCAAAGAUCAUGCCAGCUGUGGAGGAGGAGGAGCAACAAGCUUGUGGGAGAGAGGAGAGAAGAAAGAGAAGGACUGGGAGAGAGAUAAAGAAAAAGGGGUGAACAGAUUGAAUGAACAGGGUUUGGUUCUGCUGGAUGUGGCUGCACUUACCCACAACUCCCCUCUUCUUCAUGUACUGACAAAGGCAGGGGCCAGACAUAACCCUAUUUUGUGCCGGCCAGAAGACUGGGGGCUCAAGCUGGAUGCCCUGGUGGAUCUGGCAAGUAAACGAGUGGAGGAGAAGUUGGAGUCCAGAAAAACAGGAGCAGGCCCCCAGGCACAGGCUGAGGUCCAGAGACAGACUCGGCUCUGGAGACUCCGGCUGGAGCUAUACUGCCGGAUGAGAGAGAACUUCCAGAACACAGAGCUCCCAGGUCCUCCCAGCCACGUGUCUUUGCUGGUAACCAGCAAUUCAUCUCUAUGUGUGGUGAUCAAGGAGCCAGAGGAAAGCACCACAGGACUCAUCACCCGCUAUAAAGUGGAGUGGAGCACCUCGGCCAGCUUCAAACGCGUCCUUGGUACAGCCCAGGUUACAGAAACAAGGAACCCCUCCUUUAUUAUCUAUGGACUGACAGCAGGAGUGCAGUACUAUGUGAGAGCGAGCGCCUACAAUGUGAAGGGAUGGGGCCCGCCUCAGUGCUCCACUCCGGUCAGCUCUGCCCUCUCCAGCUGGAGAGAGUGUGUUGGUGUGAAGUCGGCGCUCAGGAACCACGAGGGCCUUGUGAGGAAACUGCUGGAAGAUGCCAAAGAAUCCCAGUACAGAGGAUAUUAUAUAGACAGCUUGAAGUCACCGAGCCCCAGCAAGCGCCUGACGAUGUCUCGGGGCAUCAAACAACUUUUCCAGUCUGCCACCAAGUUUGUUCGUCACCUACAAAGGGGUGUAAACUUGGCGACUGUUUUCUACCACAAGGAUAACAUCCUGGUGACAGCUGAGGAUCAGAUCCCACUGGUGGAGAUCCACUGCUGCUCCACCUCUAUCACACAAGACUUCCUUUGGUUUGCCAAGUUGUCCUGCGCAUGGCAGCAGGUGCCCUGGCUUCAGCAGGGCCUGUCCUCUGCUCACUCCUCUCCCUCCUCCCUCCUUCAGAACAGGCACAACAUCGUAAGAGCUGUUUCUCAGCUGCAGUCUUCUCUAGGAACAAUGGAUUUGGGCCAGGUGUACUAUGAACCACUGAAAGACAGGCAGGGCAAUGUGCUAAUAGUGACGAUGAGGGAGUUUCCAAAUCCUCCAUUUAGUCCCCCUGACCCCCCAUUCCACUGGAUUCCUCUGGACCGGCUGGAGAAGAACCGCAGCAGAACUCCACUGCUGCCUGAGCCCACUGCCAUUGAUACACUCUAUGAGCAGCUGAAGGACAAACUGUCAUUCCACAGACACAGCAUUCAGUGGGUCCAGCCUGGUCUGUAUGUGGGCAUCCUAAAACUGUGCAGCUCAGUGGACCAGAUCAGGGUCCUGGUGCCACAAAGGAUCCCCAAUCUCCUCUGCCACACGCGAGUCCGCCACAAUCCCCAUGUGACCAGAGAGGAGUGGGCUUGGCUCCAGAGUCAUGUUUACACUGCACACAACGGCAACGCUCAUAACCCACCGAGCGGUCAGGACGAGAGCUUGACAGAGAGCAGCGGUGUGGAGGAGUUUGUCAGGUCUCUGAGAGCCGCAGUCACACAUCUCCUGACAAAGCUCAACAUCCCCCUCUACAGGGCCUAUCAGUAUGGCGUUUACACUCGGGAGCUGCUCCAGUUUGGUGGAAAGGUCUCCAUGCUGUUACUUUUGCCUCCCAGCGAGGACUUCAGCUCUAGUUACUGGCCUUUGGUGGGAACCAAAGAGCCUGGCCUCACCAUGCCUCUGCAGAUGUUUGAACUGGUUCACUUCUGGACAUAUGAGCGCGACUUCCUGUGUCAGUACUGCCAGGGAUGGGUAAGGCUGGAGCUGGACACUCAUCUGGCCCAGCAGGCUCUACGUGAGGCACUGGACACCAAGGAGGUGCAGGAAGCCCGGGAGCGGCUUAAUAACAUCACUGACCUUUCUCGUCAUUUGGAGAUGGUGUGGAGGGACGCCCGUUGGAUAAUGGACUGUCUGCAGUGUGUCCGCUCCAAGCAGUGGGUGGGAGCAGUACCUUUAGGUCUGGUGAUGGGAGGUGACCCACCACCUUGUCCUGAAGGUAAAGAAGAGGAAGACAGCUUGACUGCCAGAUUGAAAUGGCCCAGCCGUAACCAAACACAAAGAUCUAUAGCAGGAAGUUCUGUCAGUGCGCCCUUACCAAUUAGCAGGAAGUCGGUCUCCACUCCAGAAGGCAUCACAGUUGUCCCCGAGGAUGCUGCGCUCACGUUGAUGGAAGGUGUUGUGAAGGGAGGGUACCCUGUUGACAUCAGCUCUCAGUCAACAGCACACCUGACCAGCAUCAGCCUGCCGGAGCGUGGAAACACCAUGGCUUUAACAGAGUCUGGACUUCACCCUGCUGCUGUGGCACAGCUGGAGGCCACAGUGUUGGACACAAUGGACUUCACCCCCAGCAUCACAGACGUCAUCCAGCCGAUGGAGAUGGCGGAGCUGGUGGACAUUUUGCCAACGCUGAGUCUUAUGGAGGAAAACUCCAGUGGUCCAUUCACGCCAUCUGUAAUGGACAUGCUCAACAACUUUGGACGUGGGAUUGGGGAGGAAAACAGUCAUUUUGUCUUUGAGGGCUCAAGCUUGAUAAGGGAUGAUGAGGGGGCAUCAGAGCCAAACUGUGUGAGCAGAGAGGAAGUUACGCCUUCUUCUACCACUGUAAAUGCUUCUGAGAGCAACACACCUGUUUCAGGGUGUGACUUUCCUCGAGAGGUUGCAGAGAUGAAGGAGGCUCCAAGUAGAGGUGCAUCUUUUCCAGUGAGAAGCCUGGUGGAGUGGGACAGACCCUCCACCAGUUCAUCCUGAUAUUAAACUCUGUCAAUUUCAGUCACACUCCAGCACUAGAUGAAGAAAUGAAAAGAUCCAUCUAAUCUUUUUUGAUCACUGUAUUUAUUCAUAGUAGCUAUUAACUUGAGAAUGUCUUGUAAGAUUUAGAUAAAGCCUCAUCCAUGAUAUUGCACCCAGUUCGGUGAUUGCAAACAAAAAGCUAGACAUGUUUUUGCACAUUUCUAAAUCUUUAAUUUUUUUUUUUCUAGCAUGAAGACUUGUGCUCAUAAGUUUCCAUUCUGAAUAUGAAAGUACUACAAAACCUUCAUGCUUGCUUAUUGGUUGCUCUUUUUAAAUUAUAAGGACAACAGAAACUACCCAAGUGAUCAUGAUAAAAAAGUUUAC